UGUUUGCGUUGUCGCAUGAGUGGAAAGGGUUAAAAGGUGUACUUCCUGGGACCCAUGAUGAAAGGAUAUGAUCACACAUGUAGAGCGAAAAGCUCGACUUAGUGGGCCCAGUCUCAUACUUUUUAUUCACGCGUGUUUUUUGUGUAAAGUUUCAACAAAUCCAUUGAUCUCAGGCAAAAUCGCCGAUGAUCUUCUCGGAUGAGCAACUGUAGUGUAGACUAAAACACGAUGACUGCACGUGUUGCUUUUUUUGAUCCUCCUCCUAGAAUAGUUGCAUGUGCUAUUGAUUUUUUUAAAGGUCAAGUGUAGGGUCAAUUCAUCGUAUACAGAAGCGUGUCUAAUGGGCCUAUAUUCCCAGGGUUGCUUCUGAUAUUUCUGCUAAAGAUUAUAUAUAUUUAUACAUAUACAUAUAUAAUCCGGUUUGUUUGGAGGAGAUAAUAAAUCGGGGUAGAAAAGAAAAUCAAACCUAUUUCCGCUGUGUUGGUGGGUAAGUGCUAACUUUAGACUCAUUAGUGGAUGUCAGGUCGGCCACAGAUGCAUCCCGACAACUCAAUAAAGGGACCAAUCGCAGAGGCUCGAGGCAGUCAUACAACAUCCCAUGGAAAUACUGGAAAGCCACAGCGGAAGUUGGACAAAUAUGCAAAUCAGUCCCAAGAAUAUGGGAAAGACAUCGAGGAGGUGAACACCAGUCCCAGCUCCGAUUUAGAAAGGAAAGAUGGAAAGUUGAGCAGCAUGAAAAACAGUCCAACACCCCAAGACGCCUACGCAGGAUCGAAUGUUGAUGCCAUUACCGAGGGCACUAGCCCCAAACUACAAAGCUAUUCGAAAGAAUACCUUAUUCGGCGUGUGGUGAUUCUCGAGCAUGAGCUGAAGAAGCAAAAUUCAGCGUGUGCUCACCUGCUACAGCAGUGCCGCGCCCUUUCCCCGCUCAGGAAAGAGAAUGAGGCCCAGAAGGAAAUGAUCGUGAGUCAACAAAGGCAAAUCGAGCUCCUUCAGGCCGAAAAAGCCUCCUCAUCGGAACAGAUUCGGUUGCUCAGAAAAGAAAUAUCCGACAAAGAGCAUCAAGAGCGCGUGGAUCGUGUCAGGAAUGUCAUCGGUAAGGAACCCCCGCGGAACGCGAGCGAUAUAGGUGCGGGCUCGGGAAGGCCUCGGGGUGCGUUGCCUGGUGGAACCGUCGUUAAUACGCGAAUGGGGCCGCAAAUCGUGUACGAUAGCUCCAGCAUAUCCUCGGUCGGCUUCUCCAGGGACGUGGCGAUCCCGCUCGACUUUCUCGGCGGCCCCGACGUCCAAAGUCAACUUCAGCAGCGCGGCAGCGGUGCCCGAUCUAAAGGUUUGGCAGGUCCUCAGAAUGCUGACCGCUCCGAGGAAGCAGGGCUGCAUCAAGUCUUACAAAUUGCAAAAGAUGAAGCUAAAUUAAGUCAAAAGUAUCGUGAGAUGGAAAGGCGUGAGGAGCAGGAGCUUCAAGCUCGUCUGGAGGCUCUCAGAUUGAAGAAGUAA